AGUUUAGAGUGAUGUAGGCACAAAUUGACCCGGAUUUGACAGAACCAUUUUUUUCUAUUGAUUGGAUUACCAUCGUUUUCGCAGCUGCUGGCUACCCACCUAUUAGCCCAUCGCCCGCCCGCUAAACAGGCGUUUUGUUUCUGCCUGGAGAAUGGGGUCGGUUUAGUUAUCAGGGAUGCAUGCUUAUUGAUUGAUGAUAAAUACUAGCAUGCGGUUGAGUAGACUAAUUGAGUAGGUGGCUACCGAUGGAUCGGGGGGUGACACCCAGGCCAAUCUAUGUCGUAUACGAAUUACGGAGAGUCCCGCGGAUGGAGUUCGUUCUAUCCGGGUAUUACCUUAUCCGGAUACAGCCUGGGGGGCAGGCGGUCACUCGUGGCAGAUGCGAUGGUCCGGCAAUGCGGCUGGAGAUGCUGAACCCGCGAAUCCUUUGGGACUCCGGUGGCUGAUGGCCGCAACCGAGCAUUCUUGCCAUGGUCCCCCGACUGUCAUCCUUUGGUUCUGUUAUAAUCACACUUUCUCCAGCGCCCCCUCCCGGUUGCCUUUGCCCCAGCAAACCAAUCACACCUGCUUGACCAGCCUGCUUCAACACGUUUCCGUCCCAUUGCUGCCCUCGCAGGCAUGCCAGGUGCUGCGCCAAUUGACCGCCUUUGUCCCUGCCGCACUUACUGCACUCCGCCUCCGCCCGAUAGCUAGCAAAAGCUAGUCACCAUUUCCUCACCCCCGCCAUCUUCCCCGGUAUACUAGCUUCUCCGCUUCAAGUCACAGGAAAAAAAAAAAAAUAUCA